AUGGAACAGCACGAAUUUGAAAUGGAAAUUUCGUCUAUGGCUGUAGUACCACAUAGUGCAACUGCAGUGAACAAGUCGGAUGAUGCAACAGUUUUAGUGGAUGCCUUGCCUUAUCUUGAUUCGGAUUAUACAGAAUCCGACCGACAAAUGGCAAUGCAGCUAAUAGAAGAUGAAUGCCGAGUUUUCCGUCCAGUUAAAAAUUAUUUGCAAAACAUGUCACCUCCUGAUUUUGAUAUGUUUCUGACACCUUGUCUGAUCAAAGAACAUAUUAGGAUGUCCAAAAAACAAGAAAUGCCAAAAUUAGAUAUGUCACGAUAUGAAUUAUCAUGUCCAUCAACAACAGGACGACAGGGUGAUAAAACAUCGUGGAGAAAAGCACUUCAGGCCAUUCGUAAUGCGGCUGCUCAGAAUGAACAUUUAUUACUUCGUAAUAUCAAUUUACAACUAAUGGACGAACAUGCACCACCUGUUUACCUUCGAUAUAACAAGGAAUUAGAAACUAUGCUUCACUGUGAAGAGAAAGAACUAAGGAAGCUUCGAGAAGAGGUAAUGGAAAUUCACUCGAGACGACGGAAAAGUCAAAUGGAAGCGGGAUUAAAACUAAAAGAUCUAGAGCAAAACUGGGUACAAAUGGUCACUAAAAAUUAUAAAAUGGAGCUUGCUUGCCAGGAACUAGCAGCGGAUAAUGAGUCUUGUUUUCUGCUUGGAUAUUACCAGUUUUCGUUUGGAUGGAUUUUGAUUCUUGUCACUUUGCAUGGUUUAAAAUCUCACAUGUGGCGACAGCGCGAGAAGCGACUUUUAGGUUUGAGACAAGCCGCUUUGAAGGAACGAGAGGUUAUAUUAGCGCAGCUGCAAGAUCUUCCAGCUUGGGUUCAAUUUCCGGAUACUGAACGAGUCGAGUGGCUUAACAAAGUUAUAUUGCAACUUUGGCCAUACAUUACCGAAUAUUCCAAGUAUUUCAUGCUUGAAUACAUCGAACCUGAGGUUAAAUCGCAACUACCAGCUAUCUUUAAGUCAUUCAAAUUUACAAAAAUGGAUAUGGGUGAUAUCCCUUGUCGUGUCGGCGGUAUCAAAGUUUAUACACAUAAUGUUGGACGAGAUCGCAUUAUAGUUGACAUGGACAUCGCUUAUGCUGGAGAUGCUGAUUUUGAUGUUACUGUUGCAGGUUUCACUGGUGGUUUAAAUCAGCUACAGUUUUCUGGAAAGUUGAGAGCUAUCUUGAAGCCGUUAUUACCAUACCCACCAAUGGUUGGUGGCGUUUCCGGGUUCUUCUUAGAAAAACCAAAAAUCGAUUUUAAUCUAACUGGUAUGGGUGAAUUUGUGGAAUUGCCUGGUUUGUUAAAUGCAAUUCGUGCAAUAAUUGACUCUCAGGUUUCGGCUUUAUGUGUGCUUCCGAAUGAAAUCGUUGUUCCUUUGGCUCCAAAUGUCGAUAUCACAAAAUUGCACUUACCAGAACCUGACGGUGUUCUUCGUUUGAAAAUUGUGGAAGCUAGAAAUCUGGAAAAUAAGGAUAUAAAAUUCACAAAGAGUAUGGCGAGUGAUCCAUAUUGUCAGAUACAGGUUGGUUCACAGUCCUACAGAACCAAGACGAUUAAUGAUGAUCUAAAUCCAGUUUGGAAUGAAUAUUUUGAAUUUGUUGUUGAUCAAGCUAAUGGACAAAAAUUGCGUAUAGAAUUAUUUGAUUAUGAUAAAGCGGGCAGUGAUGAGGAAUUGGGAAGAUUGUCGAUCAAUCUAGAUAAUGUCAAGGAAAAAAGAAAUCUUGAUGAUUGGUUUCCAUUAGAUGCAUGUAAACAUGGCGACAUACACAUUCAAGCUGCUUGGAUGAACUUGUCAUCUUCGCCUCUCGAUCUUACUUGUCAGGAAUUUGAAAGUUCUUGGUUCAAUACUAACAAACCAGUACAUUCUGCAUUGCUUAUGAUCUUUAUUGAUAGCGUAUCCGAUUUGCCGUAUCCGAAAGCAAACUUGGAACCAUCGCCGUAUAUUGUGGUAAAUCUUGGCAAAGACUUUCAACAAACGCCUACAAAAAUAAAAACUGUUAAUCCAUUAUUCCAGAGCAAGAUUCUAUUUUUUAUUCAUCACCCGGAAAGACAAGAACUGAAAUUCGAGGCUAUUGAUUAUACAACAAAACGUUCUCUCGGUGAAUUAGUUUUGCCGUUAAAGACAAUUUUACAAGAACCAAAUUUGGAAUUUUUUGAACAAACUUUCCCAUUAACGCAAGGAAUUCAUCAAAGCUCAAUGGUCAUCACAGCGCGCAUUAGGGCUCUGGUUACCGGUCAACAAAUGGGGGAUUCUACUUCUGGAGGUAACAAAGAAGCAAUUUAUGGUAAUGAAACAUUCAUUGAGAGAGCUGAAAAAUUAGUAACAGUUAAUGAAACUAAUGAGCGAGAUCGAAAUUCCACACGAUAUGAAGUGAAUCCUCAAAAAUCAAGUGAAGCAAAUACUAACGGAAAAGCAUUGAUCUUGGAUUCGAAAUUACCAAUCAACGAGCAGAUGAAAAUGCGAAGGAACAGCAAUGAAUCAGCCACAAGUGCAUAUAAACGUCGUCGUACUCUUGGUGAAAAAUUGUUCCCAACGAAACAUACGCAGGGCAAAGGAAAUCCCACUGGUCAUACUGGUCGCUUGCAGUUUAGUCUUCAGCAUUUGAAAGAAUCAAAUAAGCUGAUAGUACGAGUCGUUCGUAUAAUAGAACUAUAUCCAAUUGAUAGUCAAGGCUGCGCAGAUCCAUAUUUAACCAUACGUCUAACAUCUUCGGAAAAUAGGCGUGGUGGUGAGAAACGAAAAAUGCCAAUUGUUAGGAAAUCUCUUAAUACGCUUUUCGACAAUCAGUUCGAAUUCGAUCUGCAUUUUAGCGAUAUCAAGAAUCACAUGCUCAUCUUCACUGUAAAGGAUGCUACCAAUUAUGGACUUUUUAGCAAAGCUCUUGUUCUCGGAAUGGCACAAAUAAGGCUGGAUAGUUUGGAAAUAACAGAAGAGUUGUCGAGCUUUUGCAUUUCAUUUCGUAACGAAAGACUUUUGGUACGUGCAAUACUGGCCAACGCAUUGUUUUUGAUGUUAGCAAGACUUCAGACUUCCAUGUUUUAA